AAAAAAUUCAAAAACUCAAGCAAACUACCAUCUCCUUAUUUCUUCUUUCUUUACAUCUCCCACUCUCUUCUUUGUCUUCCUAAUAUAUUUUCCCUUUUACAGAAAUUUGUUAAGACAUGAUGGCAAAGUCAUGCUGAAAGGAAAAGGUACAAAAAGAUAGAGAAUGAAAAAGAAAGGAAGUGGAGACAGUCUAUUCAUUCUAGUGGGAGAACAUUUUUUUAUUCUUGAAGUGAUUUUGGUGAUAUCCUAAUUACUAAAUUCUAAGAUUGUGAGGGUGUUGGAACAAAUGUCAUUUCGGAGUAUUGUUCGUGACGUGAGGGAUGGAAUUGGAAGUUUAUGGAGUCCGCGUUUUGAGGUGAGGCUUCCUGGAGAUCAGAACGGGAAGUCGAGGAGUUCGGUCCAUGAGUUGCAGGAUCAGCCUCCUGUUAUACAGAAUAGCCGGUGGGCGAGUUUACCGCCGGAGCUUCUUCGUGAUGUUAUUAAGAGAUUGGAAUCUAAUGAGAGUACUUGGCCUAGUCGGAAACAUGUGGUUGCGUGUGCUGCAGUGUGCAAGUCGUGGAGAGAAAUGUGCAAAGAAAUUGUUAGCAGUCUUGAGUAUUGUGGGAAGAUUACUUUCCCGGUUUCACUGAAACAGCCCGGGUAUAGAGAUGGACCAAUCCAGUGUUUCAUCAAGAGGGACAAAUCUAAGCUGACAUACCACCUUUUCCUUUGCCUCAGUCCCGCUUUGCUAGUUGAAAAUGGAAAAUUUCUUCUCUCGGCUAAACGCACCAGAAGAACGAUUUGCAAUGAGUAUGUUAUAUCAAUGGAUGCAGAUAACAUAUCACGAUCUAGCAGCACUUACAUUGGAAAGCUUAGGUCUAAUAAUUUUCUUGGAACCAAGUUCAUAAUUUACGAUACACAGCCUCCAUAUAACAAUGCUCAGUUGGCGGCUCCACCUGGACGCAACAGCAGUAGAUUCUACUCAAAAAAAGUUUCUCCAAAGGUCCCUAGUGGCAACUACAACGUCGCACAGGUCACCUAUGGCUUUAAUGUCCUCGGCACCCGAGGUCCACGCACCCAAGGUCCACGAAGGAUGAAUUGCACUAUGUACUCAAUCCCUUCAUCAUCCCUUGAGCCCGGUGGCGUUGUCCCAGGCCAGCCAGAGCUCAUUUCUCGCUCACUCGAGGAUUCUUUCCGUAGCUUAUCCUUUGCAAGGUCAAUCGAUAACUCAACCGAGUUUAGCAGUUGUAGAUUCUCGGGCAUAAUGGGAGCUAGCAUAAUGGAAGAUAGAAAUGAAGACGAGGAGGGGAAGGAGAGACCUCUAGUUCUUAAGAACAAAUCUUCAGGAUGGAACGAACAGCAGCAAUGCUGGUGCCUUGACUUUAGGGGACGCGUGACCGUAACGUCCGUCAAGAAUUUUCAGCUGAUCGCUUCAACACAGCCAGCAGCCGUCCCUCCUUGCGCAGCAACAGGACCUGCGCCGUCGCAGCCGGCUCAGUCUGACCAUGACAAGAUUAUUCUUCAGUUCGGUAAGGUUGGCGAGGACAUGUUUACGAUGGACUAUCGAUACCCUCUCUCGGCGUUUCAGGCUUUUGCGAUAUGCUUGACUAGCUUUGACACAAAUAUUUAUUAGAUGAGUGGUUCAAAUGCUUAAUUGGUUGUACCUAAAUCUUAGAUGUUGGAUUGGAUAUGUGCCCACUUAAGAAUGUCUCCAAACACACCCUCUUACUAUUUGCUUUCAAAAGUACCACUAAUGUUUAACUA